AUGGUCGAGAAUCUUUUGCUCCUUCCGGAUCAGCAGCUUACAUUGAAUUUAAAUUCAUGCAUAGAAUUUCUGCUUCUUCUCUGCGAAGACAACUCACGUGACGUUCGUCAAGGUUCCAGCGACGCGCUAAAUCAACUGACCCAAUUCCUUCCCGAAAAUAUUCUCCCUCGUUUCCGCUACAUUCUCUUCAAGGACCUACAGAAAACCGUCAAUCUUCCGUUGGAAAACUGGGAUGACAAGACACUCAAGCGAGUCAAGCAGCUUCUCAUGCGUUUCUCCAAUCUUUCCAGCUCGAUUAAACCGCAAAAAAGCAAGCCAUUCGCCCAGCACAUCGUUCCAAUUUUAAACCGACUGAUUUCGAGCAAAGAAGAAAGCGUCCAACAAGUCCUGUCAGAUGCGACAAUGAAUCUAGUUCGAUCCCUGGGUCAUGUCUUCACCGAAGCAGAUUUCAAAGAUCUGGAAACGACGCUCAUCGCGAAGAUCACUUCCAAGCCACUUAUUUCUCCGUCUAACCGAGAAUCUGCAGCGAAAUCGCUCGAAAUGCUCGUUCAUUACAACCCGGAAAUGCGAGACAUUCUUCCCGCCAUAAUUCUAGCGCUGAAGAAACUGCUAGAAUUUGAAGAAUCUUACGCUUCGAACUUUGAGUUGAUUCGAACCCUCGUGGACAUUUUGAAAGAAGAGCCCGCGUAUUCUACAGUUUUGAUUUCGCUCGAACUCGUCAAUUUACUCCUCAAAAACGCGAAAAAUUUGGAUCAAGAUGCGAUUGAAGAGCUCUGCAGCUAUCUCUUGCCCACUUUUCUCGUCAAAGAUGGAGAAUUAUUGCCUGACAAAGGUCUUUCGCGUGUUUCAAUCAAGUCUCUCAUCGUUUCUGCUUCAAAUUUCUGCGUUUCAAUGAGCCCCUCCAUUUCUUCGCUCCCUUCUAUGGCGAAAAUUCAAGAUCUUCUUUCGCACGAAGACCCGAAUCUUCAAGGCCACACUGUUCUCUUCCUUGCCAACUUGAUGAAAAAUGAGCACGAGGAAAAUGGAGUCAAAUCCAAAUUCGAGCAAAUUAUCAAUUUCAUUUCGACGACUUCUUCGAACCAAUCCUUGUCGAAAGCAAUUGAAGGAAUUCGAAAUCUCCUCCCUUUCUUUCUCCAGCAUCGGAAAGGAGAGCUUUACAUUUCUUCCGUGGAAAACAUUUUGAAACUGACAAAAACGGUAACUUACUGGUCAACGCAAAUCGAUCUCGUUUCCUGCCUCUCCGAAGUAGACUGGCGAUUCUUUCACGCCUUAUCGCCAGAAGCAGAUGUUUUCCUAUACGAAGAACGGGCCCUGGAAUACUUUCUUGCGUGUCUCUCUUCAAAAGACGAGCGGGUUCGAGAAGGAUGUCUCAAGUUCACCUUCGCGUUUAGCAAAAAUUGCUACGGGCCAAAAGCUAUUCACAAAGUCCACUCGCCAGAAAUCAACAGAUUAGAAUUGAUCACCGCCAAAUAUGUGAACCACUGCUUUGAGGAGUCCACUGAAGAACCCUUCGACCUGUCUACUGAAUGGUUCAUUUCAUUCAUGACUAACGAGUUGUUAAAAUCAGUCGAUGGACCUAGAAUUGCUUCUAUUUGUGGAGCAAUCUUCAUCUUGUUAAAGAAGUAUCCUUCGGCAAAAACUUGGGUUCGGAAAUUCGAUCAUCCUUCACCUCCACUCCUGUUCUUCGUUCUGCAAACCUGCGAAAUUUACAGCGAAAUCGUCGACUGGCAGUAUUUAGGAAGAAUGCUCAAGUUAGCGUCAAAACUGAUGGUUAAGUGGACCCAAACAUUGCAGCUAAAAGAGCCAGUUGUACCAGCAAUGGUCUUGGAUGGUCAAAAACGACUGGCGAAUUUGAUCGUUCGCUAUUUAAAAAUUUUACAUAUUGUUUUGAUUGAAGCAAAAAUCGAUGCACUAUUGAACCUUGAAUCGGAGAAAAGAACUUUACCGGUGGUAGAAGAUGAUCAGAAGGUCCGUGGCUCGAGUCCAAGCUUUGCCAGAAAGCUCCGCAACUCCAUUCCUUUCAAUAAUUCUCGCCCAAAAGAGCACGUCCCAAAGGCUACUUCGCCGGUUGUGGACUUGGAGAAAAACUCUGACGAGGUUCCCCAACAUGAGUUCUACAAAAAAGUCAAUCAAGCAUACCAAACUUCAAAAAUUCAAACAUCCAAGUCUUCAAAUCUAUCAGAUUUACUAUCAGGGGUUCUUGAGAGUUUGCAGAUUCUUCUGGAAAACAUCGAGUUUUCGGUCAUUUCCGAAUUCGCCGAGAUCAUCUUGACGUCUUUAACUGGGCUUCUUCAAUCAACCUAUGAUGAUUUGCCCUCGAAAUGCAUCUUCACUGCGACUUCCGUGCUUUCUGCCCUUUUCCAAGUCAAACAACCGCCCAAUGAAUCUCAGCUGCCAUCAUCGUACGAAGCUGAUUUGGUGGAGAAAUUAAGGGACACUCCGCUUUCCUUGAUAUCUCUUCGGCUCACGGAUGCUCAAGCAACAACACAGGCAGGUUCACACCUCUCUGAAAGCGAACUCAACCAUCAGAAAUCGUAUAAACAGAUGGUAGACGCGCGGCUCCAAGAAAUCAACUUCAACGCGAAAAAGGGAUCAUCAUCAGUUCAAGACUUUAUUCGAAUAUUCGAACCGAUCGUCAUCUGUGCUAUGCGAAGAUAUACAGUUUCUACUGAUGAGCGUAUUCAAAAAGCAGUCCUAAAACUUCUUACUAAUUUGAUGCAGCUUCGGGUGAAUUAUUCUUUGCUGGAUUCUGAAGGGAUCUUCGUGAAAAUCUUGCUGAAUCAAUUGAGCACCGCCGAAGCAAACCUGUGGCGAGAUGCAAAAAUGGUCAUUCCGAGCAUCUUUCUUUUCCUCGUUCUUCUAAGCGGGGAGAAAAAGGGAGGCGCAAAGACUUUUGUUACAAAGUCAGAAGUUAUCAAUCUAUGCAACAGUCUCAACGCAGCCGGGCUCAGUCCCGAAACACAUGCGAUUCCAGCGCUUUCUCCGAUUGUCGACGAUAUUUUCUCCCUUGAAACAGUCUCCGAGUCUGCGCAGAAAGAAGUGAUUCUUUCGAUGAUUCUGAACAUGUCCACUACUUGCUCAUCUUUUCCACUGUUGAUUCACAUUCUCAAGUACUAUCGGCUCACUGAUAUUAAUCUCUGGAGAAGUGUGAGUGCUAGAAUCGUCCACAAUUUUACUGGAAAUUUAUUUAUCGAAAAUUUCGUCCUGAAUUUGAAAUUUUCGGACAAAAAAGAGCUCGAGCUACUAAGAGUUGUUUUCGAGCACUGUACCGGAGGAGUGCUAGAAGCAAACGAAGACUCGUUCAAAGAUAUGUUAGACAAUGCCUUGAUUGCUUUGAAAAGGCAUAAAUCGUCGGCGAUCAGCAAGGUUUUAUUCGGGAUUCUUCAUCUAGUUAUUUCUCAAUCAAAUCUUCACGGGAUUCUUUCAAAAAUCAACAUGAAAAGCAUCUUCUCCGAGCUGCUGAAAUACUCUGAUGAAAGUUUAAAAUUCGAAACGCUUGUUCUUAUCCAGCAUAUUUCUCGUCAGCAGCUCGUCGCAGAAUCUCAACUCAUUCCAGAUUUGACUCUUGAAAGCACUUUUUGUCCUGCCAUCAGACUUCACAAUAAUUUCAUCGCAUCGGACUCAACUUACAAUAACACCGGUGCCAAACUUGCUAAAAUCUUCAACUCUGAUUUUGAAACCUUUUCAUGCGAUGAACUUUUGAUUCAAUCCGCAUUGAAAUCAACGAGGACUCGUUCUAAACUCAAGAAUUUUCUGAAAGAAGAACAAGCGAGCUUUAAGUCCAGUCUUUCCAGCGCACCGGCGUAUGUUAGAAGACACAUGAUUUCUCUCAUCGAAUCUGAUGUGAAUGUCGAUGAAGAUCUUGUUAAAGUGACAUUUGAGGGAAAUAGAAUCGGGGCUAUCCGAAAGCUCGUCAAACUCUUAGCAAUGAACAAGGUUGCCUGGGCAGAAACGGUCGGAAAAUACGUACAACUUAUUCCUUCAAGACGAUUACGACUCGAGAUUUCAACGAUGUUCGACUGUCCGUUUUCCAUCAAAGUCGGAGAAAACGAUCAGAAAAGCUCAUCGAAUACCACGCUUCUUGUAGAAAGCAGAAAACGAAGGAAGCUAGCAAAUAUUUUUGAUGAUCUUUGCAAAACUGACUGUUUGGAUGAUGAAAUUUACGAUAACACAAUCAAGAAUCUUGAAGAAAUCUUUUCCAUGGUCGGGAUCGACAGCUUAAUCUCCUUUUCAUUCCUAUCGAACUGUCCUGACUCCGUCCUUGUUCGGAAGAUCCUAUCGAUUCUUUCCUAUACUCCCGGCAAAGAAGAGCUCUUCCGGAAGCCUCUUCUCGCUUCUGAAAUUGGCGAGCCAAACGAGUUGGAAGAUAAAGAAAUAAUCACCCAAUCAGUUCGGAAUUUUCGCGCGUUUGGCUAUGGAACUCGAACGUGCUUUCUCUCACUGUGGACUGGCUUGCAACAGGUGAUCAUGAGCAAGACUUCCAGCGAUUUGAACAUUGGAUCUGGUCGCGAAGAAGAGAUAGACUCGAUGGUUGAUGCUGUUAGAGGAUUAACAGUACUCACGAUGCUCGCAUUUCGCCAGUUUCAAAAUGGAAAGACAUUUGCGGGCUCACCUGCUGUCUCUCCCUUGAUAAACCACCCUCGAUGUCCUCUUCCUCGGGUUUUAGAUGCGCAAGCUGAAUCUGACCUAUCUUCGUCGUUACAAAACUCAUCCCCUUGGCUGUCUUCGAAUCCCGAGUCCCAGGGACCAUCGAUAGUUUCAGUUGGAGCUUCAUGCGCUCCAAAUCAUUUCAGGAAACAAGGAAUUUCGCCAAUGACAAGUGCAAGAAGCUCCUCGGCAGAAAUAGAGCUCGAGGCCUCGGAGAAAUCAGAUGAUUCCUGGACGCCAGAUUUGAAUUCUUCGACGCAGUUUCUUUUUGAUUUGUUUCUACGGUGGUUUCAUUUUGCUAUUCAUGAGAAUUCCGAAGCGCCUCAUCGACGAGUUCUAUUGGAAGCAGCGAGAGCAAUAAAUAUGAUCGUCAACGCCUAUCCAACCAGAGAGCACUUCAACGAAACUCUCAAAGCUGUAACUGGACUUGUUCAAACUUCAAAUCCAGAAAACGAAGAUCCUCUUCUUUGGGAAACGCUGUUGCCAUGCUUGACAAAGGCAGCAUCUGUCGCAGGCUACAACGAUGAGUUUUUGACAAAAACUCUUACGCCCCUUGUUUCUCGAGGCUUUUGUUCUAUUUCCUCCGAUUUAUCUGUCCGAAGCUCUGUACUGAAUUUGCUAGACAUGCCAAGAGGGCUCACUGUUUCUUACAGUAACUUCUUGACGCUGAUAGCAAAUAAGGUUCUCACUUCACUGAGCGCGCAUCCAUCAUUGAUGUCCUUGAAUCCUAUCGACUUGCAACUCAAGCUCUACGACUUCUCCAUCGCUCUUUUGAUAAUUGAGCGACACCCUGAUUUCGCAGACGAGGUCGAUUUUACAUCGAACAUCAUAUCAAUCAUCGCCAAGUCGGCUACACUGGGGCUUCCCUCGAAGCCGUCGAACCUCUUUUACUCGAUAGGAGCUGAUCUGAGCAUGGCGAACGACUCCUAUCUUGCUUCAACUGGCUCUACUCUUGCUACGAGUUCCCUUCUCUGCUAUUUCUCCUCAAAAAAGCGUUCCGCGUCGUUCAUCAAAAACAAGAACUCGAGCGAUAUCGGUAGCGACCCCGUAAUUUCCGUGAUCCUGAACUCCGCCGUCACCAAUCCAAAGAAACAUUCUUCGAAAAUGCUCGCUCUCUUGAAGCUCUUAUUCAGCGAAAUUUCAAUCAAUGAAAGGGUUUUAAAUAAGCUCUUUAUCGAACUGAUGAAUGCAAAAGAAGCGCUGGUUCCUUCAUAUUUAUUCUUUCUGAGCGACUGCUUCCGUAUUUUUCCUCAACGAGAUGAAAUCUUCAACUGGCUUUUGCUAGCUAUUCCAAAUAUCUGCCAAAAGUUCCGUGGCCAGUCCAAAAUCAUUAUCUGUUCCCUUAUCUCCGCAGUAGAAAACGACCGUGACUCCAUCCGCCAUUACAUACUGUAUCUUCCUGUACCAAGCACUUUUCCCGAAGAGCUUUUCCCCGCCGCAAUAUCGAGAUUGCGCGAAAAACUGGCGGAAGAAAAGGACCGCGCAAAACUGGACGAGACAAUUCUAGCAACUCAAUUUCUUCAAAAAGGAUAA